AUGUCAAUUCGCAGGCUGUCCGCGUACCAACGUCAUGCCAGAGACCAAAAAUUGUUGCGAUUGAAUGAGAAUGGCACGUUUCAAAUAUCAGUUUUUAGUGACUUGCAUUUCGCUGAAGAUGAUAUAGCGGACAACAAGACCGCAGGGGUCAUGAAAUCCGUUCUUUCUUCGGAGAAAGUGCAACUCGUGGUACUCAAUGGAGAUUUAAUCUCUGGUGAGGCCACCCAAAAGUCUAACUCGAGUCUUUACGUUGAUCGGGUUGUUGCACCUCUACUCGACCGUGGUAUACCAUGGGCAUCCACCUAUGGGAAUCAUGACAGCGAGGUGAAUCUUGAUCCAGAAGAGAUCUUUCGUCAAGAGACAAAAUAUCAAAACAGCCUAACCGAGAGAAGGGUUCUGGACCCCGCUGCCGGCAUCACGAAUUAUUACCUGCCAAUAUUUCCACAUGAGGCUUCGAAUGACACUAUCCCAGUAUUUAUCUUGUGGUUUUUUGACAGCCAAGGUGGUCAUUAUGCAUUGACAGAGGAUGGGGAUGGCGAAUCAACCACGAGACAGAAUUGGGUAGAUGAUACAGUCAUUCAAUGGUUUAUAAAAGCCAAUGCAAACCUAACGUCCACCUACGGGCGAACAAUCCCAUCUCUAGCCUUCGUCCAUAUUCCAGUUCAUGCAAUGCGCGCCUUCCAAAAAUCCGGCGUCAGCCCGGUCAGGGAACCAGGAAUCAACGGAGAAAGAGUCCAGCAACAAGGCUACGAUGCCGAGUCCGGCUACCAUUCUCAAGACUUCCCAUUUAUAAGUGCUCUGUUAAACACCACGGGGUUAGCAGCAACUUUCAGUGGACAUGACCACGAUAAUGACUGGUGCUUCAAGUGGGAUACUAAGCUAAAUGGCCUCAAUGUGACGGGAAAUGGCAUGAACAUGUGCUACGGCCGGCAUACGGGAUAUGGAGGGUAUGGCGACUGGGCGCGUGGCGGAAGGCAGGUUUUGUUGGAUAAGCGAUCGCUUGGGGAUGAUAUACAGACUUGGAUUCGGAUGGAAGAUGGGUCAAUUUCAGGCGAUGUUCAUCUCAAUGCGACGUAUGGCCAAGAUCAAUAUGGGCUGGUGCAGAGGAGUUUCAGCGGGCAAAAUGGUGGUCUUUCUCCACACUUAAAUGUUCUCUAUUUGUGGAUUUGUAUUUACUGGGCUUAUAUGCAGUUGAACUGA